CUGAUGCAGGGAGCUAGUGAUUCAGAUGCUCCUUCUCCAGAGCUGGCAGACACCAUGUGUGAUACUGCAGAAUUCAUUAGUCGGUACCAGUGGGUGUGGGACGUACAGAUGACGAGAUUAUUUCAAAUGAAGCACUGGAACAGGAUUCCUUCAGAGUGGUGGGGUCCACUACUCCAACUGAACACAGAACAACUCAACCAACUGCCAUUUGGGUUCACCGAGCCGAGCUGGCCUCAGUCUCUCCGGACCUUCGUCGCUGGUAGUCAGAGGGUGUGUCUCGAAAGAUCAGUGCCGGAUUGGGUGUCGGCCAUGGCGGUUCCCAGUGGGCGGAGUCUGUGCCAGGAAUAUGACUCCAAAGAAGACACAAUGAGGUGAGAGUACGACUGGCAGGUGUGGUUGCUGAAGUCUGCAGGAGCACCGGCUGCUCCAUUGUUUUGGACGUUGGCUCUGGACUGGUACGAGACAUUAGACGAGAUUGUGGG